CACCACUCUAGCCUGACUUGGUUUCCACCCGCUCCCUUGAAUACUCCCCAAACAGCACAAGCAACAAAUUCUCAGCUGUGAUUGUGAACCGGUGAAGGGAAACGCUAAGAAAGCUCCGAAAAUGACAGAGGCAGUCAUAAGAAAAAAGCCGGGGAUGGCGAGCGUGAAGGACAUGCCGGUUCUCCAGGACGGUCCACCGCCGGGGGGGUUUGCUCCGGUUCGAUACGCUCGCCGGAUCCCCAACAAAGGUCCCAGCUCAGUUGCCAUAUUCCUUGCUGCCUUUGGUACCUUCUCUUGGGGCAUGUACCAAGUCGGAAAGGGCAACAAGAUCCGAAGGGCGCUCAAGGAAGAAAAGUAUGCUGCUCGCAGAGCAAUACUGCCAGUGCUUCAAGCUGAAGAAGAUGAAAGAUAUGUCAAAGAGUGGAAAAAGUAUCUUGAGUACGAGGCUGAAGUAAUGAAGGAUGUGCCUAAUUGGAAAGUUGGCGAGAGUGUCUACAAUUCUGGAAAAUGGAUGCCCCCAGCAACGGGCGAGCUCCGCCCUGAAGUUUGGUGAUACUUUUUUCCACUCCAGUUGCUUGCGUGAUCGGCUCUAGUUGUUUUGUUCUCUCUUAUUGCAUGUUUGCUUUGGUGCGAUGCCAUUGCCUUGUUCUUGUGAAAUAAAAAUGCAGCAGAAAACCUAUUCUUCUUGUUUGCAAAUACAACAACAGCAAUUAUCUUA